AUGACAGAAAGGUUAGCAGAGAUCAAGGAUCACCUAACAAGUGAGUUUCGGGGCGGUGUGAGGAAACAGAGAGCAGAUGAUAUUGUUAUUGUAAGUGCACAUAGAUCAGCUAUUGGUAAAGGUUUCAAAGGAUCCUUCAAAGAUUUGAAUACCGACUAUCUGGUUUUGCAUUUUUUAAAUGAGUUCUUUGAUCGGUUGCCUUCAAGCAUAGCCGAUCAUAAGGAACUGAUCGGAGAGGUCACUUGUGGCAACGUGUUGAACAUGGGCGCUGGCGCUACAGAGCAUCGUGCAGCCUGUUUGGCUGCUGGGAUCCCCUUCACGACUCCCUUUGUCGCUGUGAACAGGCAAUGCUCUUCUGGGUUGACUGCUGUUAAUGAUAUCGCCAACAAGAUAAGAGUCGGGCAGAUCGACAUUGGUUUGGCUCUCGGGGUCGAAUCUAUGUCAAAAAAUUACGGAGCAGUAAACCCAUUAGGAUCGAUAUCGGAUGAGCUGAAGCAGGAUCCUAAGGCUAAGAAGUGUUUGAUCCCUAUGGGGUUCACCAAUGAGAAUGUAGCACACAAAUUUGUGAUCACUAGGCAGAUGCAGGAUGAGUUUGCCGCUCAAUCGUACAAAAAGGCAGAUGAUGCUUCUCGUAAGGGUUAUUUCCAGGACGAAAUCCUGCCCAUAACUUUACCAGAUGGUAAAAAAGUCGAAAAGGACGAAGGCCCUCGUGCAAAUGUCACUGCUCAGAGUUUGGGUAAUUUGAAACCGGCCUUCAUAAAGGAUAAAGGUACUACUACGGCAGGGAACUCCUCGCAAAUAUCUGAUGGUGUGGCUGGAGUUUUACUAGCAAGAAGGUCAGUUGCGGAAAAAUUGGAUUUGCCAAUCUUGGGUCGUUACGCCGCAUUUCAAUCUGUCGGGGUUCCUCCCGAAAUCAUGGGUGUCGGACCCGCCUACGCGAUCCCAAGAGUACUUAAGGAUGUCGAUCUAAACAUUGAUGAUAUUGAUAUCUUUGAAAUCAACGAAGCCUUUGCCGCCCAAGCAUUGUACUGCAUUCACAAACUACAAAUCGAUGUUGAGAAAGUGAACCCUCGUGGAGGUGCCAUUGCGUUAGGGCAUCCACUAGGUUGUACCGGUGCAAGGCAGGUGGCCACUAUAUUACGUGAACUAAAAAGAGAUCAGAUUGGUGUCGUGAGCAUGUGCAUUGGUACCGGUAUGGGUGCCGCUGCCGUAUUCAUCAAGGAGUAG